AUGCCGGAAGCUACAAAGAUUGAUGACUCGUAUGCCGAGAUCGAGAACCCAACUGCGUGGUACACCCCGGUUGCGGCUAUUGCGCCAGGGGUCAAGCACUUGUCCGACUCGUUCUUUUCGGCGCAAAAGACCCAUGACAUCCAAUUUAGGUUGAACCAGUUGAGGAACUUGUAUUUUGCUGUGCAAGAUAACGUGGACGAGAUAUGUGAGGCCUUGGAGAAGGAUUUCGGAAGAGCUUCGUCGGAAACUAGAAACUUGGAGGUCUUGUCCGGGUUGAAUGAGUUGGUCCACACAAUGGCAAGUUUGCAUGAGUGGAUGAAACCAGAACAGGUUACUGACUUGCCCAUCACGUUGAAAAGCAACCCCAUCUAUAUCGAGAGGAUUCCCUUGGGUGUGGUUUUGAUUGUUUCGCCUUUCAAUUAUCCCUUCCUCUUGUCCUUCUCGGCUUUGGUGGGCGCUUUGGCAGGCGGUAACGCCGUGGUAUUGAAACAAGCAGAGUCCACGCCAAAUUUCACGAGGUUGUUUACAGAAAUAUUGACAAAGGCGUUGGAUAAAGACAUCUUUCUCGCGGUGAAUGGAGCUAUUCCAGAAACCACCGAGUUGUUGGAACAGAAAUUCGACAAGAUCAUCUACACGGGCAAUGGAGUCGUUGGUAAAAUCGUUGCUAAAAAGGCUGCAGAAACUUUGACUCCCGUCAUUUUGGAAUUGGGUGGCAAAUCGCCUGCUUUUAUUUUGGACGAUGUGCAAGAUAAGGAUAUUGAAAUCAUAGCUAGAAGAAUCGCCUGGGGCAGAUUCACCAAUGCUGGUCAAACCUGUGUUGCCGUCGAUUACGUCUUGGUCCCUACAAAGCUCCAUUCGAAAUUCACCACUGCGUUAAAGAAGGUGUUGAAUGAAGAAUUUUAUCCAAACUUGACCAAGGAUGAUCCUCAAUUCACCCACAUUAUCCACGAACGUGCAUUUAAUGGGUUAACAAAGAUGAUUGAAGCUUCGAAAGGGGAUGUCAUUGUAGGAGGCAAAUCAGAUUCUAAAACGAGAUUCAUUCCACCAACGGUGAUUGACAAUGUCACCUGGAGUGACUCAACAAUGCAACAAGAAAUCUUUGGUCCCGUCUUGCCCAUCAUCAAGUACGAUCAAUUGAGUGACGCCGUGGGCCAAGUUGUGAGACAGCACGAUACCCCCUUGGCUCAAUACGUGUUUACUAGUGGCUCAACCUCACCACAAUACAACAAGCAAUUAAAGUCGAUUUUGCAAAACGUGAGAUCAGGCGGCUGUAUCAUCAAUGAUGUCUUGAUGCACGUGGCAUUGGUCAAUGCGCCAUUUGGCGGUGUGGGACAAUCUGGAUACGGGGCUUAUCACGGCAAGUUUUCAUUUAGACACUUUACCCACGAGAGAACCACCAUGGAACAGAAGUUGUGGAAUGAUUUCAUGAUGAAGGCAAGAUACCCACCACACUCAGAGGGCAAGGACAGAUUGAUCAAGGUUUCUCAAUCGGGCUACAAUGGCAACGUUUGGUUUGGACGUACGGGUAACGUUUCCAUCUAUGGACCAGGUCUUAUCUUCAGUGCUUGGUAUACUGCUACUGGUCUCUUUAGCUUGGCUUAUGAGUUUGCUACAAAGAAAUUUUGA